UGUUGAGCUGGAAUGAGAGUCAGAAGCCGCAGAGAAAGCGAGUGCUCGGACUGAAGCGACUCAUUCGCGUGUUUGAGGAGAAACUCGAGCGCUAAACUACACUCGUCAGAGUUUCUCAGCAGUUUGAGCGCAUGUGGUCGGGAUGUGUGUGAAGUGAACACUGGAACGUGAGCUUCAUGACAGACUGCAUCUGCUCACAUGGAGCUGGAGUUUAACUAACACCACCACCAUGGAUUAGAAGUUGCUCCUCGAGCGUUUCUGGCUCAGUCCAGCUCUUCUCCAGGAUGGUUGACUUCAGCAUCACUGUGGACUUUUCUGGGAUUUCCUUCACUCUCGUGGAAUGUUUGGAUUGUCAGUGAAGAAGAGUCGAGUUUGGUGAAGAUUCAUCAGAGGACUGAGAUGAUGAUGGUGAUGGUGGUUAGUUGGGGCGCUUUUCUCCAAACCUGCUUGAUAAUGAUGGUGAGAGCAAACCAGCACAACCUCAGAGAGACCAGCUGCGACCUCAACGCCGAACAAAGCGAGCUCAACUCCUUCCUGUGGACGAUAAAGCGAGACCCGCCCUCGUACUUCUACGGCACCAUUCACGUCCCGUACACGCGCGUGUGGGACUUCAUCCCCGAGAACUCCAAAAAGGCCUUCCAGGAGAGCAACAUCGUGUACUUCGAGCUGGACCUGACGGACCCCUACACCAUCUCGGCGCUGACCAGCUGCCAGCUGCUGCCGCAGGGCGAGAACCUGCAGGACGUGCUGCCCAAAGACAUAUACCGACGGCUCAAGAGACACCUGGAGUACGUCAAGCUCAUGCUGCCGUCCUGGAUGACGCCGGACCAGAGGGGCAAAGGCCUGUACGCCGACUACCUGUUCAACGCCAUCGCGGGAAACUGGGAGCGCAAGCGGCCCGUCUGGGUCAUGCUGAUGGUGAACUCGCUGACGGAGGCUGACAUCAAGACACGCGGCGUUCCCGUACUGGAUCUGUAUCUCGCGCAGGAAGCCGAGAGGAUGAAGAAGAAAACGGGAGCCGUGGAGAAGGUGGAGGAGCAGUGCCAUCCUCUGAACGGACUCAACUUCUCUCAGGUGAUUUUCGCUCUGAAUCAGACGCUGCUGCAGCAGGAGAGUCUCCGCGCCGGGAGUCUGCAGGUGCCGUACACCACAGAGGAUCUGAUCAAGCACUACAACUGUGGAGACCUCAACUCCAUCAUCUUCAACCACGACACCUCACAGGUGCCGAACUUCAACAACGUGACGCUGCCGCCGAGCGAGCAGGUGACGGCGCAGGAGAUCGACCGCUACUUCAGACAGGAGCUGAUCUACAAGCGUAACGAGCGCAUGGGCCGACGCGUCAGAGCGCUGCUGGAGGAACACCCCGACAAAAGCUUCUUCUUCGCCUUCGGAGCGGGUCACUUUCUGGGAAACAACACUGUGAUUGACGUCCUGCGGCGUGAAGGUUAUGAGGUGGAGCACACACCCGCCGGACAGACACUACACAGCAGCAGAAGAUUCGGCUGGAGGUCAGGAGAGCUGACGGACGCAGACGCCCCGCUGGAGCCGUUCCUCCACGAGAGCCGGGAUCUUCAGGAGGACGAGGACUCGAACCCGCCGCUCCUGCUGCCCGACAGCCUGGAGCUCCUGGAGAAGGUGGAGCACAAGCUGAAGAAGAAACGCCGCAACAAGCAGAAGAAGCAGCGCCAUCGGCAGUUCAACGACCUCUGGGUGCGAAUGGAGGAGAGUGUAACGGCCGAGGCUCCGCCUCCUGUUGUCCGCAUCAUCAACGGUUACAUCACAGUCCAGACACACCCACAGGAGCACGGCAGAGCCAAUCAGCACUGGACGUUCUCAGGCUCCUCCUCCUCAAGCCCCGCCCUCACUGUGACGGCUCUGUGUGUUGAGAUCCUGCUGCUGCUGCUUUUUUUAUAACGUCUGAUGAAGUGCAGGGUUCGAGUUUAACCCUGAAUCACACGGACAGACUCCGAACCACUUCACUUCAGUUCUUCAGUUCUUCAAGAAUCACUUCCAUGUAAAUAUCAGAUGUAUUAUAGAUGUGAUUUAGAGUUUUGAAUGAAGCAUUUGUUUGGGUACUUAUUAUAUAAAUAUAUAAAUAAGAGUCAUUAUAUUUUUGUGACUAAAUCAGCUACUAACCAGCUCAACUGGCCUCAAUCAUGAAUUUCAGCAGAGUCACAAAUCAUUUCCUUAUUAAAAGCAUUUACACAAGAGCACAUUUACAAAUGAUUCGUGCAAAAGUGAGUUCACGAUUGAGGCCCGUUGCUUUUCUUCGUCUGUCAGCUUCAUGCAUUUGAUGAUCGUUUAAAAUGUUUUGUGUACGACAUAGAAAUGAGUCAUUUAAUUUAUUGAAUAGAUAGUUUUAGUUUAUCUGAAUGUGUUUAUGUGAUUGUUUAUGGCAGAAUGACACAAUGUAAAUUGUAUCUGGUGUUUGUGACGUUAUGGUAAUUAUGUUUGUCUAUGAUGUUACAAGCAAUAAACUAUUUAUCUAGUUUAAGCUUCUGCAAAUGGAAGAUGAAUAUAGAUGAUGAGAAGCUGAGCUUCACAUCUGUUCCUGCACGACGUCUGGAUGUGAUUUAGCGUCUGUCGGUUUGACGUUUCUGAACGUGACUUCUUGUUUUGUGGUUGAUGCUGGAAGAACAGUGUGUGUUAUGAAGGAUCUGAUCUCAUGCUCCACCAGUCCUUCUCUAUACGCUCUCCUCACAGCAAAUGACGCAAAACACUGAAACCUGCAUCUCCUCUUCAUCCUCCUCCUCAUCCUCCUGACACCCGCACGGUUUUGAUGGGCAGAUUUCAUUAACGUGUGUGUUCAGAGGAGGAUUUUUUAUUUAUUUUUUUUUUCAGAUGAAGCGCUCGAGCUGCGGUCCAGGUCUCGAGCUCCGUUUGGACUCGACAGGUUCUGCUCGAACCGAUGACUGGCGCCACGACUGUUUGGAAGAGAUCUUUUAUUAUGCUCUUCAGAAUAAAUCACGAGACCGAUUUAUGAUUUUGAACAGGAUGGUUUAUAUCUGGUUGCCAGUGAAUGUGUGAAAGGAUUUUUCUUUUACAUCUUUCACUAACAAAAAAGUAUUGUGGGAUGACCAUAGCUGGGUUGUGAGAGCUGCUCUGAGAUCAGAUGUUUCUAAUGGAUGUCAAAUGAAAGUGCUGU